CCCACAGACACUUUUGGACACAUGACUACGCUGACUGAUACACAGCCUCUUGAGCAGAAACAGAUGGCUGGAGAUGGCGACGGUGAGAAGACAACAAAGAAGAAGAAGAACGUGGACUCCUGGAGACCAGCUGGCCGGAGAGACCCUUUUGAAAUGUUGAACUCUUUGCCAGAAGAAAAGCAGCAAGAGAUCCAAAAAGCCCUCCAUCUCUUCUCCUUGGCCCCUGGUUUGCCCAAGACCCUGCAGCAAGCUAAGAAACACACCUACCUCUUUUGGGACACACAGCCUGUCGUGAAACUGGAUGACUCGAUAACCACCCACGGCCACAUAAUAGAGAAGGUAGCCAGCAUCCGUGAGGAGCCUUUUUCACUACCAAAAGGUUUUUCCUGGGACACGCUGGACCUGAGCGACACCACAUUGUUGCAGGAGCUGCGAACACUAUUAAAUGACAACUACAUGGAGGAGGAUGACAACAGCAUCAGAUUUGAUUUCUCUCUGGAGUAUCUGCAGUGGGCUUUGCAACCUCCAAAUUGGCUGGCCCAGUGGCACUGCGGCGUGAGAGUGGCGAGCAAUAAAAAGUUGGUGGGCUUCAUUGCUGCUGUUCCUGCUGAUGUCCGUAUAUAUGACACGGAGAAGAAGAUGGCUCAGGUCAAACUCCUGUGUGUUCAUAAGAGGCUGCGCCUCAAGCGGAUGACUCCAGUUUUGAUUCGAGAGCUCACCAGACGAGUCGCCUUGCAGAGUCUCGCCCAGGCCGUCUACACAGCCGGCACGGUGCAUCCCACGCCAAUAAGCACCUGCAGCUACUGGCAGCGACCAUUGAACCUUCGCAAAUUGAUGGACCUCAAUUAUCCAGGUAUGAGGAGAGACAUGACCCUGCAGAGAGCCCUCAAAAUAAACAGACUUCCAGAGUCCACAAAAAACCCUGGCCUGCGUCCAAUGUUGAAAAAAGACGUUCCAGCCGUACGUUCCCUGCUGCAGUCGCACCUACGCAAGUUUGAUUUGAGCCCCAUCUGGUCUCCACAUGAAGUGGAGCACUGGCUGCUGCCAAGGGACAAUGUGAUGCACACCUACGUGGUUGAGGCGGAUGACAGCACGCUGACAGAUGUUGUGAGCUUUUACAGCAUCUCCUCCAAAGUUCUGAAUCACCCCGCACAUACAGAUGUCAAAGCAGCACAUCUUUUCUACAUCGCUUGCAGUAGAUCAAACUCAGUGGACCUGAUGGAAGACACCCUGGUGCUGGCAAAGUCUAAAGGUUUUGAUGUCUUUUGUGCCAGCGAUGCCAUGGACAACAAGAAUUUCCUUGACAAACUGAAGUUUACCAUUGUUGGCAACAGCCUUCACUACUACCUCUACAACUGGAUGUGCCCGAAAAUCAGUCCAGACAAGGUUGGCUUGAUGUUGCCCAGUUAGCCCACGAGGACGGCUGUGACGUGAAACACAUGAUCUGCAAGGACUGCUUGGACUAGUGUAGAUUUUUCACAAACACUCGAAUGCAUUAAAAUAUGUACUUCAAUGUAGGUGUCUGUUGAUCAUUGCUUU